AAAAAUAUCUAUCUAAUACAAACAUUUUCUCGGCAUUCAUCUAUACAGAAGCUCUUUUAACAUCUCAGAGUUGUUUGCUGAGACAAGAUGGCAAUGCUGGCAAUUUGGACAGCGGUCUUACUAUUAUUUGGAUUGUGUACUCCACCAUCACUGGGGGAUGAAGAGGACUGUUACCCACUGGAUAUGGCUCCAAACUCUGUUGAUGACAUGUACAAUGGCUGUGAAGAUAAGAUGAAAGGAAUAAUAGAGCCUCUGCUAAAUAAGGAGCAGCGAGAGGAAUUCAAAGAUGCCUGGAGUGCAGCACAGAACUACUAUAAGAGGAAGAUUGUAUACUACACGACUUUGUAUAAAUUGAAGUCAUUACUGUCAAAUACCCCAAAGCUGAAGAAAAAAGAAAUCAUGGCUGUUCAUGCUUACACCCUCGAGACACCAGCAUUAUACAGUAAAUUUAAUGUGGCAGUCCGAACACAAAAAUCUGAUUAUAAGACAGAAACUUUUAAAUAUCAUGCAGUGCAUUUCUUCCUCACAAUGGCCCUGCGCUCUCUCAACCACGACUUAAAGUGUGUCACCAGUUACCGGAGAACCAAGUGCAACUUUAAAACGGCCAUCAACAGUGAGAUUCGCUUUGGUGCUUUUACGUCAAGCACAGAGGGCUCUUAUCCUCCUGCUGAAUUUGGGGAAAAAUCAUGCUUUGAGAUUUACACCUGCUUUGGAGCAGACAUCUCAAAGUUCUCAAAGUUUCCACAAGAAAAAGAGGUUCUGAUUCCCCCAUAUGAGGUUUUUAAAGUAAAAGACAUAAAGAAAAGAUCUGCAACAAAUUCACUUCCGUGUGAUGUUGUCUAUAAACUAGAGAGCACAAAAGAACCACAUUCAAAUUUAAACUGUGCUCUCGCUAAAAAAUUGUCUGAAAGAUCAGGAGUGAAACAUCCAAUCGAUAAAAGUAGCACUGUGCACAGUUGGACAUAAUUUUAGACUUUUUUAAAGAUAUGGCUUAUGCAAUUGUAUUUUACACAGCAAAGUACUUAGAUCAUUGGUCUCAUUGGAUCAAUUAGUAUCAUGACAAGCAUACUGAGGUGAGAAUAUUUAAAAUUAUUAAUAUGUAAAAUUUAAAAUUAGAAAACUGUUUCAAAUGUAGAAUUGAAUAUGUAAGAGCGACAGGACACAGUUGAAGGGCUCAUUGGCUUGUGCAGCGACCAUUCACUUUGCUUUUCUAUUCCAUAAAGAAUAUAUCUGAACCCACACUUCUGCGUCUUUUCUGUCACUGCAAACCUAGACUUAAACUCAGUUAACUACUGUGUGUAUGGAGGAAAAUGCAAACUUUUAAUAAGGAAUAAAUCAUAAAAUGAUUACUUAAAUGUGCCAGUAUUUACAUCACCUAGAAAACACAUACAUAAGAAAUUCAUUGAAAUACAAUUAGCUUGUAGUACAAUAUUUACAUAGAUAACUCACCGAUUGGCACAACAUGAUCAUCUAUAUUCAUUUACAGUUUCAAUUAAACUUGCCUGUUGCUGGUUUCAAAUCUGACUGUAUAACAGGACUGUAUUGGAUUGAUAUGAUUCAUAUUUGAACCAAAAUCUAUUCAGUAUGAUUAGAUAUGAAUUAGAUUUUGAUCUUGUCUUAUAAGGAGACCUUUGUGAAUUGUGGAAUGCAUU